AUGUCCUGCAUGCCCAACUCCUCCACAAGACCGAACCCUCAUUUCCACCGAGAUGACAAAAGCCCUUACUCGCAUAUCUGGGAGCUCGUCGGGUAUCUGCCAAGGAGAAAAGAGCUGGUCGAUUAUCGUGUUGAGAGAUUCUUCACUGAGCUCAAUCCGGUCUACGACGCUGUUCACCACGAGACGUUUCAGACGAGCUAUGAUGCCUUUUGGAACCGCAAGUGGGGUGACGAUGAUCUGACAGCUGUGGACUUGCGAUGGCUUGCAGUCCUCUUCAUGAUGCUUGCCUUUGCUGAGUUGCUGGACUGCUCCCCUGACGCGUCCCCCGAAGCACAAAGAAGCUGCGAAGAGACUUCAGUGCAGUUCUUCUGGGGAUCGCGCAAGGCCAUCGUUCUCGCGCCCACAUUGUCAGGUGAGAGUCCUGACCUGGUACGGGCCGGCAUCUUGGUGUCGCGGUACUUGAUGUUCUGGGGACGCAAAACUGAGAGCUGGCUUACAAGCUCCUUUGCCAUCCGUAUGGCACAGGCACAAGGUAUGCAUAUUGAUGGAGAGUCUUGGGGACUCCCACCAAAAGUGCUUGAGACGCGACGACGAUUGUGGUGCACACUCUAUUCGAUGGAUCGGUCAAUAUCACUCGCGACUGGUCGGCCUUACACCAUUAACAGCAAGCACUGCAUGGAGAUGAAGAUACGAAAUGUGUGGAUUGAUGACAACUCACCCGAAGAUGCAGCAGCUGCUGUUGAGAAGCCGAUCGAAGACCCAACACAGAGCAUCUACUAUAGAUUCACUCAGCAGCUUGCGACCAUCUUGGGUGACAUCCACGACGACUUCUUCGGCCUUGUACCAAUGACGGCAUCCUAUCAAACUUAUGAAAAGGUCAUGGCUUUGGACCAGAUCCUCCUGGACUGGGCCGCUGGUCUGCCGCCCUACUUCCGCCUGGACGAUGCUGACACCUCCCUGGAUUCUGAGCGACCUUUCUUACGGUGGCAGAGAAUGUACCUUCACUCAUCGUACCACUUUGCGCGGAUUACACUGCACCGUACUUAUGUCCUCCUGGAAUCGAUUACAGACCGCUUCCAGUAUUCACGUACGGCAUGCAUCUCCUCAGCCUGUGCUGACCUCCGUCAAAAGCUCUCCCUCCGAAACUCGUCCAUGACAGAUAGACUCCUUGCUGGAGCUGCUAUGCACAACCUUUUCAACUCGGCACUCGUCCUCGGCAUCAUUGCCGUCAAGGAACCACACAGCCCUCGCACAAACGCUAUACUGGAAGACCUAGCUGCCUACUGCGAGAAAAUGCGCGCUGACACCUGGGCCAACGAGUUUGUCAUGGCAGAAGUCAAGGUCAUUGAGCUAUGCAUCUAUACAGCGAGAAAGACAAGCGGAGGAGGGUCAGAGCGGUCGCACUCUACACAGCGCCCAGAUCUCGACAAUGCGGCCUGUCAGGAUGGCGAUGUGAGCUAUACUGAUGAGCUUGAUGUCCAUGCCCCCUAUGAGAGUUGGCUGGACAGCUGGCUCGGACCUACACGCACGUUUCCCGAACCGCUAGACUACCAAUUUUGGGAGGAUCUUGUCGGCACAUUGGAGGCAAGAUGA